CUUAGUUCUUGAAUUUUGAAAAAUCGUUAAAUCUUCAUAUACUCCUUUCUAAAGUCAUGAUGAAGACAAACGAAUCUUUUCUUUGUUUUAAAAUUAAGCCAACUCCAAGGUUUUGAAGUGUAUUAAUAAUAACCACCUAUCUGGAUGCAAGAUUUUCGUCAUAUGCGAAUCGAUGCUUAUCAAAUGCAAGGGACCGUCGUCUCACUUACGAUUUAAUUUUACACCAAUCAAUCAUUAACCUAUAUAUUGCCAAGACAUGAGCUUAGAAAGUACUUGAGAUACACGGAAGACGAUGAUAUGGUCUGGCAACCACAAUAUAAAGACAUAAAAAGAGAAAUUUAUUCAGAUUGAUUUAUAUACAAGGGAUAAAUGGCAACCGAAGCAAAAAAUCUUUCUGUUCAAGAGAAGUGUACACAUCUAGAAUUACGGAAUGAAUACAGCGGCAAAGUUGAUAGCAACAUUUAUAUCAUCAAUGCUGUUCUCAAUAUCGUAUUCUGUGUCCCUACUUUCCUAAUCAACUUGAUUAUGAUUGUAGCAGUUUGGAGAGUGUCAGCACUUCGUAUGCCAUCUAACAUCCUCAUCUGUGCCUUGGCAACUACGAACUUUUUCGUUGGUGUCGCAUCACAACCAGCAUUUGCCAUCAACAAUCUAAGCAUCGUUGUGUUGCACUCGGUUACGUGUGCUACUUCAUACCUGAAUGCAGCUUAGGCAAACCUAUUUUGCUGCAUGUCUCUUCUUAUAUUCACAGCAAUCAGCGUCGACCAGCUCCUCAUGAUUCAUCUUCAUCUCAGAUAUAACACUCUGGUCACCAACAAAAGGACAACCUUUUUCUUGGCUGCCUUGCUUUUAUUUUCUGGAGUUUUUACAGCAUUAAACUUUUUCAACCAGGUAGUAUACGUCAUCUUGAUUAUGAUGAUCAACUGCACUUGUUUCAUAACUACAUUCAUUUCCUACGCUAAAAUCUACCGUACCGUGAUACGACAUCAACAUGAAAUCCACGACCAGGCGAUGGCUGUUGCUACGAGUGGGAACAGUAGCAGCAACAACAACAACACGGUGCUAGAGUUGGCUCGUUUUAAGAAGCGUGCCUUUAACACGCUUUGCAUCUAUAUCAUCUUCCUGAGUUCUUAUAUCCCAUAUCUCUGUACUGUGGUACUAUUACGUUUGCAAAGAGAGCGAGCAGUGUUAAUUUUUGGGGUGAAGAACUUUGCUGUUACGAUCAUCUUCUUCAACUCGCUAGUCAAUCCUUUGAUGAUAUGUUGGAAGAUGAGGGAUAUACGAAAUGCCAUGAAGCGACUAGUGAAUUGUUUUGUGUGCAAAAAAACAGGACUGAAAUAGAAAAGUGGCCAGAGAAGAGUCUAGCUGUUUAAAGACCUUUUCUUUUGGCCUUUCUUGGAUUUUAUUAAGUUCUUCCAUUUUAUAUCUUAAUUUUGCUGUUUUUCGGCAUUUGCAAUUACUCUCUAGAGCUAAAACGAUUUACUUGGUCUUGUCGCCGGUUUGUCGGUGUCAUAUUAAUUAUUCUGAUUAUGAUACCAUUUAACAAUGCUUUAGCAAAAUAUAUCCAGUUCCAACCGCUCACAAAAACGAGAAAACUGAUAUUCCCAGUGACUUAACUUCAACUUGACCUGAAAUAAUUAGAGCUUUGGACAACUAUUUCUGUCACGAAAAAAAAUAAAAUAAAAUAAAAAAUAUGAAUUUCCAUGGAUACGGAUGCCAAUUAUUAAUUAACCGUCAACUACUAGAGUAUAAUAACUAUUUUAAUAGUCAAAUAUAUUCUGGUCUAAAAAUUCAUUAGACAAGCAUAUGAAAAGGUACAUAAAAAAAUUAGCGAGGAAUUUUUUAAAAAACUAGUAAGGACAAUUAGGUGUCAUACAGAAUUGAGAAUACUCAGCAAUUACUCGCAUUAUAUG